AUGCUUCCUCCAGUUCCAUCACCCGAAGACUACGGCAUCUCGCCCGAAAGAGGAUUCCUCCCCUCGGAUCUGCCCCUUCAAUGUCUUUCGCACCCAGUCUACGACCGCUGGGAGCGGAUUAUGAACAACUUCCAGUCCCUUUUACUCUCCAAGAGACUCCGAGCAGUAAUCGACAAACUCCCUGUUAUCCCUGCCGUCCACUUGGAAACCAAGGCUGAGUGGCGGAGAGCAUAUACUGUUCUGACGUUUCUGGCGCACGGCUACAUCUGGGGCGGGGACAAGCCCUCCGAGAGACUGCCACCAGCGAUCACUUACCCUCUUCUUCAAGUGUGCGAAUACCUCGAACUACCCCCUGUGGCCACUUACGCCGGCCUGGUAUUAUGGAACUGGAAACCGCUGUUCAUGUCGGAUUCUCUUGCUCUCGAGAACCUGUCGGUAUUGACCACCUUCACCGGCUCCCUGGACGAACAAUGGUUCUACCUAAUCAGUGUGGCCAUGGAAGCGAAAGGAGGACCCACAAUACCCCUCAUGCUAGACGCGAUACAAGCUGCGCGCGACGACGACGUUGAAAUGGUCACGAAGUGCCUCCAAUCGUUUGCGCAGUCGCUGGACGAAUUAGGCACCCUGCUGGUCAGAAUGUACGAAAGUUGCGACCCUCACGUCUUUUAUCACCGGAUACGGCCUUUCCUGGCAGGCAGUAAAAAUAUGAAAGACGCCGGUUUGCCGCACGGAGUGUUCUAUGACGACGGAAAUCGCCUGACAUCCCGGUGGCGGCAGUAUGGCGGAGGAUCGAAUGCGCAGAGCAGCAUGAUUCAGUUCUUUGACGUUGUUCUUGGGGUCGAGCACAGGCCCACCGGAUCCAAGAAGGAUGAGACGUCCGAAUCCGAAGCCGAACCUGGAGCAGCACCGAAACCCAGACACAAUUUCAUACACGAAAUGAGACAAUACAUGCCUGGUCCUCAUCGAAGAUUUUUGCAGUCCGUCGAGGCGGCGGCCAACAUCCGAGAUUUCGUCGACUACAAUCGAUCCAAUCGCCAGUUGACUGUCGCAUAUGAUGCGUGCUUGGCGAUGCUUCGAGCCCUCCGAGACAAGCACAUUCAAAUGGUAUCAAGAUAUAUAAUCGUUAAAAGCAGAGAGUCGAGAAGCAUUUCGAGAACUCGCCGGGAGAGCAGUCCAGAGCCGAUCCCUAGAGGCGGCACAGGAAUAGCGGGGAUCCGCUAUGGCAGACCUGACGAGACGAGCGCUGCGCAGAAGAAGAAGAAAAUGCGUGGAACUGGUGGCACGGCUUUGAUCCCCUUCUUGAAGCAAGCAAGAGAUGAGACGGGCGAGCCGGCCAUUGACGCAUGGGCUCGCAAACUGCUUAUGGGCGGGCGACGUACGGAGGCCGAUGCAGAGAUCGCCUUUGAAGACAGAGUUACUCGAGCUGAGAACCUGGAUGCAGACGAACACCAGACUGUGGGCAUGGCUGGUGCUUGGGAUCUCGAAGAUGCUGGUGGUGGUCUUUGCGCUUACUGA